ACGGGUCGUUUUCCCCGACGGGCGAGGCCGGGCGCGGGAGCGCGCGGGGGUCAGAGACCCCGGCGGACAAGAAACCUCCCUCCCCGCCUACGCUGCCGCUGCCACAUCAUCGCAUUGCAUUGCCGCCGGGUGGAGCAAUAAGCAAUUGACUUGACUUCCCCCCUCCACUGCACAGCGGGGUCUCCCCUCCGGUUAUUAUUGUAACCGAGUGCGCUGCGCUGCAUCCGGUGGGCGGCCCGACUCACUCCCGUCGUCGUCUUCCUCGUCCUCGCCCUCGUCGCGGAGCGGAGGCGCGCGUUCUUGGACGCCACCGGGGCACGGGCGUGAGGUGAGUGAGCCCCACGUGGGUUGCUGAUUCGGUGGUCGGAUUCCGUGCGGUGGUGUAUCUGCUCUGGUUUUCUUGGCCCGGUCUCGAUUUCUCGCACCGGCUAGUCCGUCUCAUCUGCCCAAUUCCCCUCCCCACUUCUCCUAUCCUCUUGGUGAGGACGCCGAAUUCUCGGUUGGCUUAGGAGGUGUCUGGAUCAAAUCGUGUCAGGAAGCUCAUCUGGGUGUUGGGGUCAUCCGGAGCCCGGAGGUGCAGGCUGAACAAUGGGGCAAAAGGACUCCAAGCCUUCCUAUAGCUACUCUUAUGAUCACGGCAAUACUUCGUCGGGGUAUACUUCCAGGUAUGCUGGAAAUCCAUCAUCCAGUUAUAGCGCGAGGUACGCGCCUUCUUCGGAGAACAAUGUGCAGCCAGAAACACACGCCAGGUUGCAGAGGAAGUAUUCCAGGAUUGGUGAUGACUACCGCUCUUUGAGUCAGGUGACUGAAGCUUUGGCACAAGCAGGCCUUGAAUCUUCAAAUCUUAUUGUAGGCAUUGAUUUUACAAAGAGCAAUGAAUGGACAGGUAAAAUGUCCUUCAAUCGCCGCUGCCUGCAUGAUAUUGGAAGCACUCCAAACCCAUAUGAACAAGCCAUAUCUAUUAUUGGAAGGACACUUUCAGCUUUUGAUGAAGAUAAUUUGAUUCCCUGCUUUGGAUUUGGUGAUGCAUCAACUCAUGAUCAGGAGGUAUUCAGCUUUUACCCAGAGAACCGUCCAUGCAACGGUUUUGAAGAGGUGCUAGAAAGAUACAGAGAAAUUGUUCCAACUCUUCGAUUAGCUGGGCCAACAUCUUUCGCUCCGAUAAUUGAGACAGCAGUUGGAAUUGUUGACAGCACUGGUGGCCAAUACCAUGUUCUUCUGAUAAUUGCUGAUGGACAGGUAACCCGAAGUGUUGAUACACAAUAUGGACAACUAAGUCCGCAGGAGCGAGAUACAAUUGACGCAAUAGUAAAAGCAAGCCAGUUCCCUCUGUCAAUUGUUCUUGUCGGGGUUGGUGAUGGACCAUGGGAUAUGAUGCACCAGUUUGAUGACAAUAUACCUGCUCGCUCAUUUGACAAUUUCCAGUUUGUGAAUUUCACGGAGAUUAUGUCAAAGAGCAUAGCUGCUGAGAGAAAGGAGGCAGAGUUUGCAUUGUCAGCACUGAUGGAAAUUCCUGAACAGUACAAAGCAACACUUGAUCUUCAACUCUUAGGACGCCGACACAGAAUAACUCCAAGAGUUGCUCUGCCGCCACCAACAAGGAAUGCUUAUUCGCGGUCAACUAGCUUCAGUCAGCAAUCUGGUGUUUAUUCACGAUCUAGUAGCUUUGACCAACAAACAAGUGGCUUUCAGCAACGUUCUGAGAGCUCCAAACCGCAGCAGCAGCCUGCCGCCACAAGGAGACCUGACACUUAUGCAGCAGAAAGUGCUUUAGAGGACAGAUUGCUGUGCCCCAUUUGCAUGUAUAAAUCGAAGGACCUUGCAUUUGGCUGUGGACAUCAGACUUGCUAUGAAUGCGGGAAAAUUUUGGAGCGCUGCCCUCUAUGCCAGCAGAAAAUAACUACAAGGAUCAGGCUGUACUGAUCGGAAGCCUAUGGAAUGGCACAUAUUGGAAGAGACUACCGCGCAAAAUUGUUCAGAACCAGAGUGCUUCAUCAGAUUGUAAUUGGUGUGUUAGUCUUUCUGCAUAAUAAGAAGGCUUAAUGUAGAUAGUGGUGAUGUCACUGCCCCAGUAGUGCACAAUAUGUAGUUUAGCUACAGUGUUUACUGUAGAAAAGAUCGCAGCACCAAAUAAUGUACAUGUUUUCAACCCUUUCUUUCCCUUCACAUCUCUUAGUAAAUAAGUUGGAACACCUGAAAAUUUCUGGAUUAGAUAUGAAUCUUGUGAAGCAAAUAUAGUGUCGUUUCUGAGCUCUGAAAUAUGCUGUAUGCAAAGACCCCAUGAAUCAAAGCUUCAGUAACAUCCAUGUAUUACACCUGUAUCUUCAGUAAUACUAGUAUCAGUGUACAUGCAAACUGCAAACAAAUCAACAUUUUGGGACGGUGUUUUGGUUAA